AUGAGAAGGCUUGGAGGUGCCGAGAGAAGGGACUUAUGUAUUCGAGGGGUACGCCAAAGAAGCAGCCUUAUAGUCGAUUACACUGUUACUUUUACGUGCCGGAACAGAAGAAUCCGAGUACUAUUACGUACAUUAUCACAGAGGAUAACAGUUCAAGUACCGUUUCGGUCACCGGCCGCUUGUAGGAGGGGAUUUAAGUUUUUUCGUCCUGUGAUUAGUAUCGACGGCACGUUCUUGAAGACAAGGUUUGGGGGCACAAUGCUAGUUGCUGUAGCGUACGAUGCAAAUAACCAACUGUUUCCGAUUGCCUUUGCAAUUGUUGACAGCGAGAAUCAUGACUCUUGGAAGUAUUUCUUGCAGAAGUUAAAGGAAGCGAUUGGGGAGGUUGAAAACUUAGUGUUUGUAUCGGAUAGGCAUCAAAGCAUUGAACAUGCUGUCGAGGUUAUUUUCCCCGAAGCAUGCCACUGUGCAUGCUACAAACAUAUUUCUAUGAAUGUCACCCACAAGUUCAAGACUGAUGUAUGUAACACGCAAAUAUGGUUGGCCGCUUACGCAUGGUCGAAGAGGGAAUGUGAUAGACAUUUGCAGGUGCUCCGACAGAUGGAUCCUCCCAUCGCUGCUUAUGUUGACAAUAUAGGAUUAGAAAAAUGGGCUGGUCCUUAUUGUCUAGGAGACAGGUUCACACUACAAAAUUGGUUUGCUAACCGUCUGGAGAAGGCAAGUAAGUGUGUUACCCCUUUGGCAACUCAUUUUGAGGAAGAUUUGAUAAAGCAACACGAGGAUGGUAGACGUAGAAGUGUCCUACGUAACGGUGCACAAUUGUUUAAUGUUGGAAGAGGUGCUGACGGUUCUGACUUUGAAAAAGGCGGAGAUGUGAACUUAGUUGAGAGAACUUGCACUUGCGGCAUGUUCCAAUUGUUGAAAAUUCCUUGUCCCCAUGCAUGUGCUGCAGCGCUUACUCGGAAUGUCGUUGUCUACGCUCUGUCAUCCCCCUAUUACACAAAGGAGACGUGGAAGAAUACUUACGAUGCAACAAUUAAUGUUGUGGGCGAGGAGGAUGAAUGGGUGCUUCCAGAACACAUGCAGAACAUGAGAAUCGGUGUACCAGUGGAGAAGAAACCUGUAGGUCGUCCAAGAAAGAGCAAUGCAGGAAGACUACGGACUAACUGA